UCCCACACUCACUCACCCUUCUUACUUCAUAUCCCAACUCUCUCCCUCGAGCUCCCUCCCGCACCACCAUCUCGCUAUCCUCUCUCACUCGCCCAAGAUUCUUAGUUUGAGCCUCGGCCUUCACGUCAUUCUCGGCCAUGCAUCUCCCACACAUCCUCGUCGUCCUCACCCUCCUAGGCCACGUCGCCGCCCUCGGCAUCAAGUUCAACGUCACCCUCGCCGGCUACCAUUUCGAGGGCACGCUCGCCAUCGGCCUCGGCAUUCCCGACUCGGUGUGGAAAGAGGACCCUGCGCCCUUGGGCAACAAUUCCACCGAUCUCUCCUCGGGCGACCCGACUGACGCCUCGGAGCCGUACGGGCGCGUCUCACCCCCCGCAAUAGACGCUCCCCUCGCGCAGAUUUCAUCUAGUCUCGAGGUGCGCGACGCCUCGCCGGACGACCAUAUUCCUCCUCAUUGGAACCACAUCGACAUCUGCCGCCGCGGCGUCUACCGUCUCGACCAGAAGAGGACUCCACCCGCGCCUCGUCCCGAUAAGCGCCGUCUCCCCAGCCGCCGUUACCUCAGGCUUGCUGAACGCGAUUCUGACAAUACGCUCCACGCAUCCCCUAGUCCCGCCCGGAGUCCCGAGAGACCACCUUCCCCGAACUCGAAGCGCCCGUGGCUCAUGGAAAACGCCCAGGCCCAGAACGAAGGAACGGGCGGGGGCGGCCCCAUACGCAAUGAGGCUAGGAAUACGGAGGGCGUCCACGUACUCGAGCAACAGCGAGAAGUUUUGCCGCGCAGGGCCGCCAACGGCAACUCGCACACUUCCGAGAAUGAAGGCCCCGGUUUCGAGACGACCGCCGAUCUUGGCGUCGCGCAGGCCGAGGUCGAGGUGCAGGAGGACAUUGAAAUUGAAUUUGCAGUCGCCGGCAUCACCAUUGUCGAAAUCGACAUUGGCGACGACGACGCUGGGCGCGAAGAUGGUGCCCCCAACGUCGAGGUUGGCCGCCAGCUUGCCCCUCUCGCUCGGGGCCUUGAACUCACCGCAGCCCUUCCGUUUCUGGGAACUAGGGUCGAAAUCGAGGUCGACGAGGAUGCGGAUGUUGAAAUCGAAAGCCCUUUCGCUGAUAUCGAGGUCGAGGUGGAGGACGAUGAUGAGGUCGAGGUCGAAGUAGAGAGCGGCCCGGCCAAUGCUGAAAUUGAGAUCGAGGACGACGAGGACACGGAUGACGAGGAUGACGACGCUGAUGACGAUGAUGACGAUGACGAUGGUGAAGAUGGGGAUGAUGAGGAUGGUCAUGACGAGCAAGAUGAGGACAAGGACGAAUCCGAGCCGACCCAUCCCGAGCGCCGCUUGGCUUGGAGCAAGCGCGCUGCUGAUGGUCAGGAGCCCGGCGCCGACGGGCAUUCGGACAGCUACAGCGCCUACGAUUACGACGAAUCAACCUCGGGAUACUCGGUUCCAGAUGUCAACUACGCCGGCUAUACUACCGACAAUGUGCUGGCCAACAAGCGCAAUGCGGACCAUAGUCGUUCCCUUCUGAAGCGCUCUACCUCUGACCGCGCCGUCGGCGGGGGCACAAAAGACACGGAUGGUUCUCCGGAUCCCCCUCACUCCCACACUGCUCGUCCCGGUGCAGAGUUUGGUACUGUCGCCACUUCCGAUGGUGGUAGUCCGACCAGCGACAUAUCCACUGGCUGCAACGAGGGGGAAAUUCGCUGCACGCGCUUUGGCUCGUGCCUUCCUAAAACGGUCAAGUGCUGCAAGCACGGCAAAACCUAUUGCCCCGAAUCGUUCUACUGCAUCAACAAUGGCCAGAGCUGCUGCCGCGUCGGCAAGUGGUGCCCUCUUUAUGUCACAGGCACCAUAAAACGCGGCUCCCUCGACCUGGUGAACGUUGUGAAGGCCGGCGACUCACGUCUCGGAGACUGGGCCUUCCUCGUUGCCAUGGAUUUCAACCUGUGAUCGUGGCCGUCAGCCACGACACCGGAUCACUGUUUAUUUUCGAAGAAGAUAGGAGGGAGAAGCAGAACGUUAUAUAAUGAAGUUGCAGAACUCGGGCGCUGUAUCUCUGUGGCACGUUCGUCCCAUCCAGUGCCCAAGAUCUAUGUCGCAGAGGUAGCCCAUGACUUUUAAUGGAGGUCAGUUUCAAUGUUGG